AUGGCUGUCGUCGAGGCAGAGAUUGUCGAAGGAGGAAGAUGGAAGUUUGCUUCAAAUUAUGAUAUAAUUGAUGGGUGCUUACCUUAUGAGCUAACACUUGAAAUCUUAUUUCAAUUACCGGUAAAAUCAUUGGUAAACCUUUCUUUCCACAAGUACGAUCCAGUGUUUUGUGACCUUAUUGGAUCAUGUGAUGGGCUUAUAUGCAUGUAUUCGCCACGCGAUAAAUGUAUCUACAUAUUUAAUCCUCUCACCAAAGAAACCAAGGAAAUUUCAACCCCGUACCAUAAAUCAGCCCGUCGUUUUCUCAAAAUUGAAGGCGCUUCAUGGUUCGGGUUCGUUCCCUCGAUCAAUGACUAUAUGAUUUGGUUAGUAGUUACCAUACCAACACUAAACCUAAGAAUCCAUGUAUACUCAAUGAGGGAUGAUAAUUGGAGAGAAUUAGAUAAUACUAGAUUCAUCGAUGUCAUGGUUGGGGGAAUGAAUGCGGUGGUAAUGAAUGGGACAUUGCAUUGCUCGUUUAACAAUGAUUACAACGAAUUUAUGGUUAAAUAUGAUUUAGUCCAAGACAUUAUCGAGCUCGAGCGGAUUAAAUUGAAUCAUAAUCAAGAUAAGUAUUAUAAUGAACCAUCCAUUGGUAUUCUUCAAGACUCAAGUCUCUGCAUUUGUAAGGUUGAUUCCUUCUAUGGGGUAAUGGAUGUUUGGAAGUUAGAUCAAGAUAGCAACUCGGAUUCUUGGAACAAAUUGUUUAGCCUCGAUUUGGGGUUACCGCAAUUUGUUUUUCUUUUGGGAUUCACAUCUAAUGGGAGAAUUUCAGUAAGAUCAUCCUCCAAUGAGCUUGAGGUUGUCGACCCGAAUCAAAAUCCUCCUCUUCAAGUGAGACUAGGAACUAUAGAUAAUUAUAAUAAUAGAUGUAGGUUAUUUGAGUUGUUGGAAUAUUCGGAGAGUCUUGUUUCUCCGUUUUCAUUGCCUUAG